AUGGCGAUAUUUCUGCUGCUGGUGGUGCUGGUGGUGCUGGUGGUGCUGGUGAUGCUGAUGCUGGUGCUGGUGCUGCUGAUCAGUGGCCGGAGCUGCAGCAGCCAGGAUCUGGCAGCGCAGUGGCCAGCCGAGAAUCCAGUACCUGCUGCUCCCGAUGCGCCUGCAGCGGAUGACAAGGACGCGUUUUCAGUGUCGCCUAAAGAAGCAGCGCCUGUUGCUGAGCAGUGGCCGGAGCUGCAGCAGGCGGGAUCAGGCAGUGCAGUGAUGUUUGACGACUCCAAGUUCGACAACUCGCACUCACCACUGCAAAUCGUGCAGGAGGCAAAGGCGGCAGAGACUCCGGCGGCCGAUACGCCAGCAGCAGAUAAGGAGGCGUUUGCAAGUGCCAGCGCCAGCGCCGACGUGACGCGGGCGGAGACAUCCUCGCAGCACAGCAGCGAUGACGACAAUGGCGAGCAGGCGUUCCGGGUCAAAUUCUCAAUCCGCAGUGACACGAUCAAGGAUAAUCCAGAUGAGUCGAAGGCGGCGCUGAACCGUGUGGCGACAAUGCUAAGGGGGGCGCCGACUAUUCGGAGACGCGGGAGGCGCGAUGUUCGGACGAUGUAUGUGGCGCCGACGGAGGAGCAGUCGAUGAAGGAUGCAAUUGAGGCGGAGGCCAAGGAGACGCAGGAUCCGUUUGCUGCCGAGGCCAAGGAGGAGGCUGAAGAACCCAAAGAGGAAGUCAAGGAGGAGGAGAUUAAGGAUGGAAGCCAAGGAUGA